UUGGAACUUUCUAUGACGUGUCUAAUAUCUAUGUGUCUAACCUCUAACAGUCCAACGUCACUCGUAACUCAUUCACCAUUCACGACCAUUACAAUUUACUCAGCAACCGUUCGUUUCGUAUUUUGACUUGUCCGGACACCGCUCACGCUUAUUUCAGUUGAACCAUGGCUCGUACUAAGCAAACCGCUCGUAAAUCUACCGGAGGAAAGGCUCCCCGUAAACAGUUGGCCACCAAAGCUGCCCGCAAAAGCGCACCUUCCACGGGUGGAGUGAAGAAACCUCAUCGUUAUCGUCCAGGUACUGUCGCUCUUCGUGAGAUCCGUCGUUACCAAAAAUCCACGGAGUUGCUGAUUCGCAAGUUGCCGUUCCAACGUUUGGUCAGAGAAAUUGCCCAGGAUUUCAAAACUGACUUGCGUUUCCAAAGUGCGGCUAUUGGAGCUUUGCAGGAGGCCAGUGAAGCAUACUUGGUUGGUUUGUUUGAAGACACCAACUUAUGUGCUAUCCACGCCAAACGUGUCACCAUUAUGCCUAAAGACAUUCAGCUAGCCAGACGUAUCCGUGGUGAAAGAGCCUAAUUCAUCAAUUACAUUCUUCUUACUUACUAAUUUUUUUUUUCGUUCGACAAUUUUCCUGGGUUGUAAUUAUACAUAUAUUUACAUAUUUCAAAAACAUAAUAAUAACUAGCUAUUACUAUUAAUGUGUAUCUGUGUAAUAUUAUAUUCUAGGAAACCUUAAUUUAUUUUAUACAUUUUUAAUCAUAGACAAGUGUUUAUUUAAGGAAACAAUUGUCUUCAACAAUAGUAGCAGCAUUUAAUAUUGUUUAACUUAAUAUUACAUACCGUAGGUAAACGUCACAUUUCAAGUCAUACAAAAAAUAAUAUUUUUUCUUACCAAUCUAAUAUAAUUACUACAAAUAAACUAAAGCAAUUAAAUUAUAAUUAAAUAAGUAAAUUAUAUAUAGUUCAUAAAGCGCACAAUUUAAACAAAUUUAAUGUUGUUAUAUGUUAUAAUAAAUUGUGAAUUACAUAAUACAUAUUCUUAAAUCUAUAAUAUAUACACAUAUUUUGGUUAUUUUCUUUCAGGCUUUCAUUAAUUCGGACAACCUAGAGCCCCGAUUAGUCCGGAUUAUUGAAGUUCUUUUGUGUUUAAAAUAAAAAAAACCUGAUUACU